AGGAAACAUUCACAACAAAUUAUGGAAAAUCAGGCUCAACCAUCCAACAUUAAGCAACAAGCUGUUCACGAGAUUGAGGCUUUCAGCAACAGAGCUUUUGUAGAAAAGGAAGAAGCAAUUACCAGAGGAUUUUUUAUGAAAUGUGACAAAAAAGACCAGCAUAGAAAGUAUAUACCAUUCACUGAUUUCAUCGACUCUGAUCUUCCUCGUAAAUACCGGGACAGUGAUAUUGUAGGCACUGUGAAGGCACUGGGAGAUCUUGUAGUGCGUUUAGAAGUUAUUAAAGGUCAAAUAACAGAAUUAGGUACUGGAAGGGUGAAGUUUUCACAAGUGCACUACCAAAAUUGUCAUUGUGUACUGUGUGAACAGUUACCUUACAUUGAAAAGCCCUUUGGUACAAUUACUAUUGUAACUGGAACACAUGUUGUUGGAAAUAGCAUUGAUGCCCAGAACACAACAUGUCUAUUAGAUUUUAAUAAUGAAAAUGAAAGAUCUUUUUGUGUUAAAUUAAAGGGUUCUCGGGUAAAGGUAUAUUCAGAUGUAACUGAUAGGUGUGAGUUUUACUGUUUCACAUAUGAUAUUGGUUUAUGCAUUAAUCUUCGAGAGAAAGUAUAUAGUUACAAUAAUUUAAAUGCUAAUUUAAAUAGGAAGUAUUCAAGUAAUCCUAACGCAAAUCUAGCUAUAAUUGUUGCCCAUCCUCAUGGAUGGUGCAAACAAGUUUCCAUUGGUCAGUUACUCGAUGUCCAUACUAAACCAUCCUUUAAACCAAAUAUAAAGCUCACUCAGUAUUUGUACAAUACAACUACUUGCUCUGGGAGUAGUGGGGCUCCACUCUUCUUUUUAGGAAGGGAAAAAGUGUGGACUAAUCAUCCACACUGGGGAUAUGACGAAGCUGCUCAGAGUAGUUUUAGUGCUUAUGAAAUAGAGGAUGUUACUUCAAACUUUCUUAGUCUAAUUAAAGCAAUUAAAGAGAGGCCUAAUAACAAAACCUAUGAAUUGAUAAACUGGGGGCAACAAAGACCUUCCAUAAAAUGGGAAGAUGAAAAUUAAGAUGCUGAUUUUAUUUUAAAAGAUUUAUUAACCUCUGGGUUGUUCAUAAAUAUUCUAUCCAGUUUUAAGCAGACUUUUUUUUUACCAUCACAGAAAAUGAUGAUUCUUUCUGAUUCACCCUAUCUAUUCCUUGAAAUGACAAUUUAA